ACCUGGGCCGCCCAGUCUGAAUGCUGCAUUAUCCUACAAAUCACUUUCACCUCUCGCGAUACUGGACCAAGAGCUUUGGCACAGUUAGUGCACGCCACUUGUCGUCACCGGCCGGCAUAUCAGCGGAGAACACAUUAAUUUAAUCCAUCCGAACUGUGAUAUUUACAUUUUUUUUACACGGCGCCAACGCAAAAAAUGUACCUGCAACGCUCGACAUAACAUUUGAAAGAAUAUUGUGAACGAAAAGUGAAAGAAAAAUUUUAAAAAAAACGAUGGCUGAAGGACCAAGAUUGUCCGUUCUACUAAUCGUUUUCCUCGUUUUCAACUCGGCAUAUUCAGAGAGUGCACAAAAAUGCGAGAGUACGCCUAUGAAACAGAUCAUUUGCGAAUUUGGAACUGCCAAAGACAUACCUAACUUUGACAGUUGUUUGUGUACACACAUCGCAGUUCCGGUCACCUUAGAAUCGGAAAAAGACGACGAAACUUCGGACUUUACGUCGACGAUCAAAUCGUACAAACAAACCAAUGGCAAUCUUAAGUCGUUGGCUGCUAUUUCCAUGUACGCGGAAGACGUUGCAAAGAAGACAAACCAGAUUUGCAGCGAGAUCGUCAGUGUGUUAACAUACUACGAUGGCGUACAAUUGGAUCUAAGGCAAUCUGACGUGUCCGUAGAUAAAUCACUAGUUGUGCAUUUCUUCAAGGAACUAUCGUCAGAAAUCGAGAAUAAAUUUAAAAUAGAUUCGGCAAAUAGUUCUUUAAAAAUAUUUAACAGUUCAAAAGAAAUCCAAAUGGUGCUUCCUCCAAAUGCUGCCAUAUUGACGAAAUUUUAUGAUCUCAAAAAACUUUCCAAAUAUGUGAAUUUCUUCAUAAUUGCAACACACAAUCUUGUGGACAAUUCUGAACAAGGUUAUUCCUACCACCCUAGUCGCCUUAUGGGAGCCGACGAUUUACUCAAUGCUGAUUCCUUAGUCGAUCUUGUAAUUGGACUUGGUAUUGAGCAUUCAUCUAUACUUUUAUCAUUGCCUUCUACUGCAAGUAAAUUUGAGCUCAAGGAUCCCACCAGGAAUACUCCUCGAUCACUAGUAAUCGGAUUACCAACAACAAUUACACGCCAAAAAAUGUGUGAAGAAAUGAAAGAAGGCAAUUGGACUAUCGAAAGAGAUGAAGAUUUAACAGCACCAUAUGCAUUUAUGAAUAAAACAUGGAUGUCAUUUGAUGACAGUGUCAGCGUUUCAAUUAAGGGCAAAUACAUAUUGUUACGAGAUUUAGCUGGAGCAGUUAUUACUGACGUAGAAGCGUUGGAUUGGAAACUGACAUGCUUAAACCAAACUGCAGUAGAACCUUUAAAAGAACUUACAAAAACUUUCACUGAAACUGCAAGGAAAUCUAGAUCAGCUCAAUUAUUAAGUUUACAGGAACAAUUACAAAGACCGGCUGAUCAAGGAUUUUAUUUUAACAAUGAAAUCAGUUAUUCACCAUAUUACAUCGAGAGAGUGGUUACAAGGGACGGCGAAGUUCAUGCAAUUCGAAAAGAUACAAAAACCGAAUUUGAAUGUUCACGACAAGGGUACUUUAGACAUCCAAGUGGUUGUAAUCGAUUUUAUCGUUGCGUGAAAUUUGACCAAAACUCUAACUAUUUUACGGUCUACGAAUAUGAUUGUCCUGAUGGUUUAGCGUUUGAUGAAAAAGUUGAGGUAUGCGUAUGGCCAGGAUCUUUAUCAAAUACAGGAGCUUGUCAAGGUUCAAGUGAAAUAGCUCCGGUUCCUCGAAAUCAAUUUGUCUGUCCACCCAUAGAAGGUUACUACGCUGAUCCUGAAAACUGUCGGUGGUUUUUCGCUUGUCUUGAUCAUGCUAAAGAUGGUUAUACUCCACUUACAGCAUACGAAUUCAGAUGUCCUUUUGGAUUAGUGUUUGACGAAAAAACAUUAAAAUGUGAUUGGGAAUGGAAAGUGGGAUCUUGUGGAGCCUCAGGAAAAUCAUAUAACUACGGAGAACAACCUUACCAAACAAAUCAAUUCAAUGCAUUCUACGAAAAAGAACAAUCCGUUCCUUAUUAUGGAAAAUAUAAUCAAGAUCAACCACAAUUUUCAUUUGAUCUCAAAGACUCUUAUAUCUCUCCGAGUAAAUUUAAUUUCCCUUAUUCUACAACUAGUAAACCCUAUUUACCGUAUGUAUCUACAGAAAAUUAUGUUACACCCAAUGCACCUCAGUUCUUAUAUAGUUCAGCUCAACCAUACGCACCACCAAACGGUCCUCAGAUUUUAUAUGGUUCACCAGAAACCCAUGUUAACCAUAAUCAAUAUCAGUCAUUAUAUGGAAUAACUGGAACUUACUCUUCAACAAAAAGUCCUGAAUUCCCAUAUGGAUCUACGGAAUCAUAUGCCACUACAAGUAAACCACAAUUAUUUUACAGUCAAAAUGAAGGUUAUUCCAGCACAAGCAAACCUCAAUCAUUUUAUGGAUCUUCAGAAUCUUAUUCUACUACGAGCAGACCUCAAUCAUUUUAUGGGUCUUUAGAAUCUCAUUCUACUACAAGCAGACCUCAAUCAUUUUACGGAUCUUCAGAAUCAUAUUCUACUACAAGCAAACCUCAAUUCUCAUAUGAAUCUUCUACGAUCAAACCACAAUUCCCAUACAUCAAAACAGAUGCUUUUAUAACACCAAAUCUUCAUAGUAGAUUACCAAACUUCGAUUUGAAUAAUUAUAAACAUUUUGGAAUACUUUAUCAUCAACAACGCGAUUCUGAAGUAGAACGACAACGUCAUACCGGAGUUCUUCUUCACCAACAAAAUAAUUUUGAUAGUAUACCAGUAAAUAAGAACUACGAUUCUCAUAAAAACGAUGUACAAUAUCCACCAAUAAAAGAUUUUGAAUCAUUUUCUACAACUCAAGGACCUUUAAAUAAAAUACCCAGUGCCAGACUUCACUCAGAAAGUUAUUCUUCAUCUAAUAUCUUCUCAAAACCAUUAUCAUCUUAUGAAAAUAAUGAAUUCAAAAAUUCAUAUACUAUUUUGGGAGGAGCAAAUGGAUACGAUUCUCACAAAGUUAACGAACAAUAUCAGCCUUCAUAUUAUAACAUAGAAGCAUAUUCAACAACUCUUAAACCCGUUAUUAAAUUGGCCGAGGUACCAAAUUACACAGAAUCAAACAUUUAUGUAAAGCCUACUUCUAAACCAUUUGAUGAAUAUUUGCACGAAGUAAAAUUAAACGAAGAAUCAAAAUUACAAUAUUCUACUACUAGUAGUUCACCUUAUUUAUCUUCGUCUCCCAGUAUUGAGUUUAACGAUUACCAUAUUUCUUCUUCUACACAAAAACCAACUUUACAUGACACCAGUUUACAUAAAGAAAAAUUCAAGGCUCAAUUUAAUUUUGAUGAUUAUCUAUCAAGGCUUUCCAGUCACCAAUAUCCAUCUACUACUGCUUCUGUGGUCGACUAUACACCGUCUGUUCAUGGAAAUAGCUUUGCACAAACGUUAUCUACAUAUUCAUCUACCACCUCAAAGCCAUCUGUAUUUUACUAUAGCUCGCCGUCGCCAGUAUCAGAUGCAUCUAAUUUCCCGUCAUAUUCAACAUCACCAAAAGUGAAAGAAUACUCCGAGAGUUAUGGUUCUUCAUUAUCAUAUCCCAUAACUACUGAAAAAUCCAUAGAUUAUAAUUCGCCUAUUUCUUCAACUUAUGCUCCACUAGUGUACAGUCCUUCAGUUACUCCAAGUGCAUAUACACCUACAUUCAAACCAACGGUUGACUAUUAUGCUCCAUCGUCUACAAUUACUAAUGACGAUUCCGUUUUUGUCGAAGAGCUUAUCUCCAAAUUGUCAAAAAACCCAAUCCCAAUUACAUACUCCACUAGUACUACUAAACCAAUAUAUGCAAACUAUCCAUACCAACAAGCUGGAGAUUAUAUACCAAACGAUUCUUUCAAUAUUGACGAGUAUAUAUCAAAAUUAUCCGAAUCUAUUGAAGAUUCUACACCAAAACCAUUAUACUCUAGCACUUCUCAAAAACCAUAUGCUGUACCUUACAGUUCAAAUGACUAUUCAUCUCGCCCACUACCCACUUCAGUUUAUUUAUCUUCAACCGAAGAACCUAAGGCGUUUGAUCAUGAGUCGUAUUCAGCACUUCCUGUUCAAUCAACUACGUGUAAACCUGAAGCAUCGAUAAAAAUAUCAGCCCCUAAAAUACCAUAUAUUCCAUCACUUGAAUCUGUUUUUAGUGUGAAACCUCCUGUAGCAUACACCCAAAGACCAGAACCGUUGAUUGGCUAUUCUAGCACGGCUUCUGACUUAAUAAAUUAUUAUCAUAAUAUUCACUCGUCUUUAGAUUCAGCUUAUCGUUCACCAUUACCUAGAUAUUAUGCUGCUCCUGUGGGAAAUUCAGUCUACACAAAUAAUUAUACAUUGCCCAGAGAAUAUGAGAAAGACGGUGGACAUCAUUUACAUGCAGCUUAUCCGGCGUACCCUCUGAAUCAUCCAAUAGUGGUUGAACCAGUUAGUCCAGAAUUAAAUGCAGAAUUCGAGCGAUACUAUACAGCUGGAAUAAGACAGAACUUGAAGAGCGAAGAAAACGGAAAAGUGCUUGUAACCGGUGACAAUAGUCCUUUGAUUGUAGGUAAAUUGGGAGCUCAGUGUGACUGUGCAAAAAAGAAAAAGCCAACGAUUGUAUCAACCACAACCAGGACAGUAAUUGAACACGACGAAGACGACGACGAUGAAAAAACGCCGAUUGUAAAGGAAGUAGAAACAAAGACCAAAGUAGUAUUGGAUGAAGUAAAAAAACCAUCAAAUAAAAAGUUAUGUACCCGCGCAGGAUUAUUUAGAGAUCCAAAACAAUGUAAUAAAUUCUACUCGUGUAAUUGGGACAAAUGGACACAAAAGUAUGAACUUAGUGAGUUUAAAUGUCCAAUUCACCUCGCUUUUGACGAAAACCUAAGCGCUUGUAACUGGCCAUCUAAAGGACCAGCGUGCUCACACGAUACCCUCAUUAAUUACUCAAAUUAAUUUUUUCGAAAUCAAGAAUACCUAUUCAAAAAUGAACAUAACUUUUCAUACGGAACACGUUUCAGUGUUUUUAAAAAACAAUAUAAAUUUGUAAACAUGUACACAUAUAUUAUUUAAGUGAUAAUAAUUAUUGUUCU